AUGCCAAGGAAACCGGUAUUGAAGCUCUUAGUCAGUGACAGCAUAGGUUACAAUCAGGAGCAAGCCCUCUUGAACACGACAAUAAUUCUGGUGAGGAGCUGUGGCCCGACGGCGUUCCUGGUGGGAGAGACCACUCUUCCCCCAAAUAUCAAGUUCAAGGUCUGCUUGGGUGACCCUCAUACGUGUUCCUGUCCCGCGUACAAAAAGAAGAAGAAGCCAUGCAUACACAUCUACUGGGUUUUGCUGCGGCUUUUCAGAGUACCCCAAGUGCACCAAUAUUCAUUCCGGCAUGGACUGCUGGGAAGCCAGAUCUCAGAGCUGCUCUGCUGGGCAGAGUUUGGUCCCUCUAGUUCUGCCAUGAGCCAUCUGGUCCCAUGCCAGAGAGCUAAAAGUGUCCGCCGGAAGGAGAUUCAAGACCAGGAUGCGUGUCCAAUCUGUCAGGAGUCGCUGCUGGAGAUAAAAGAGCCCGUGUGUUACUGCAGGUUUGGCUGUGGCAACAAUAUCCACAUCUUGUGCAUGGACGGCUGGGCAGCCCACCAGAAGACCUCGUUCACCUUCGGCAUGGUCAAGUGCCCUCUGUGCAGGCAGGACUUCAACUAUCGACGUUUGCUCCGGAAGGAAGUGGUGAACUCCAAGGCGCUCUUCACUGCUGCUGAAAAAGAGAAGCCACAUGUGCACCUUGGAGUUGUCUGCCACAGCUGCAGAUCCUGUCCUGUCACCGGCAGAUGUUUCAAAUGCACAGUUUGCAGUUACUUCUAUCUGUGUGAGGACUGCAUGAAGAAGGACUGCCACCCACAGCAUCCAUUUGCUUCAAGAGCAACAAGAACAGAGAAGUGGCGUCUGGUGGGACAGGAUGCGAUGGGUGAAGCUCAAGGAGCGGCCUGCCCGCCUGAGGACGACAAUGUUGUUGCCGGUACCGACUCAUUACCGCGCCAGGCGUUGGAGCGUCUGCCCGCUCUCACAGUGAGGUUGCCACUGUUGAACAAGGGGAUGCAGUGUCGCAUCUGUCUGCAAAGUUUCCACAUGGGCCAGCACGUCCGAACUCUCCCCUGUCAUCACAAGUUCCAUGUGGACUGUGUGGACCAGAUCCUGCUGGAGUCCAACUCCUGCCCCCUGGAUGGAUGUGUCAUAUAUUCUCCCUUGACUUGGAAAACCAGGAAGAGCUCUCCUACAUCAACUCCCACCGUUUCCAGCAGCCGUUCCAAUGAGCAGGAGAAAGAGACUGAAGACACAAGUCCAGGGAGCCGCCCUCGCACUAGGAGCACCGGUGUCGCUCGCAGACGUAAACCUCCUCCACCCAAAUAA